GACUAACACUUACUUAGAUCUGGGCCUUUCCUGGGGCUACCGGCCUACGAUUGAGCGGCUCCCCGAUUGAUUUGAGUGGCCAAAAUUAAGUUGUGCAUGUACAUACAUUCAUACAUACGCUCGACAAGCAAAACACAUAUAUAUAUACCAUUGACACUUGACAUUUUCUUACUCGACACCCACCACCUCAUCAUACCAAUAGUCGUUCAGGUCAGCGACAGACUCACAUACCCAACCAUAUUUCUACAGCAACUUUCUUUUGCAGUAGAUAAUUUCAACACUCAAUCGCAGGUCACAGCGAUCGUCAUCCGCUUCUGCGAGACAUUCACUACAACUCAAACCUAACGACUUCUCUUGACUCACAAUGGCCUCUCCUCAUAUCGAAUUGCCAAGUGGCGAGCAAACUUUGCUCAACCGCAAGCAACCAGCUCCUGGCCUUCGUACACCUCCAGCCGAUCAACUUUCUCCUCCUCAAUCUGAAGAUGAAUCGACAGGUGCACCAACAGUGCCACAACCAAAAAAGAAGUCUGCAUUCGCAGAUGGUGAUAUCCCAGAUGACUACGUUACAAGAACUUUGGAACGUGAACCCGCUCUUCCUCCAGUUGAAUGGAAGAACAUCUUGAACGAAAUUCAAUGGGUCAGUUUCAUCGUGUUGACAAGUACGCCUCUUUUGGCCGUCUAUGGAUUGUUCACUACCCAUCUUUCAUGGAAGACAUUCGCGUGGUCAAUCGCAUACUACUUCUUCUCUGGCUUGGGUAUCACUGCCGGUUACCAUCGUUUGUGGGCACAUCGUUCAUACAACGCAAGUAAACCAUUGGAAUACGCUCUCGCAAUCAUGGGUACAAGUGCCGUUCAAGGAUCCAUCCAUUGGUGGGCUCGCGGUCACCGUGCUCAUCACCGUUACACUGAUACCGAUUUGGACCCAUACGGUGCUCACAACGGUCUCUUGUGGUCUCACUUGGGAUGGAUGAUUGUCAAACCACGCCGUAAGCCCGGUGUUGCAGACAUUUCCGAUUUGCGCAAGAACUCAGUCAUCAAAUUCCAACACAAGUUCUACAUUCCACUCAUCUUGAUCACAGGUUUCGUUUUCCCAACCAUUGUUGCAGGUUUGGGUUGGGGAGACUGGCGCGGUGGUUUCUUCUAUGCAGCCAUUUGCCGUUUGGUCUUCGUUCACCAUUCCACUUUCUGUGUCAAUUCUUUGGCCCAUUGGUUAGGUGAAGCAUCAUUCGACAACAAGAUGACACCUCGUGAUCACUUCAUCACUGCUUUGGUUACCGUUGGUGAAGGUUACCACAACUUCCACCAUCAAUUCCCAAUGGAUUACCGUAACGCAGUCAAAUGGUUCCAAUAUGACCCAACAAAAUGGUUCAUCAUUGCCAUGAAGUCAGUCGGUUUGGCAUCUAACUUGAAGAAGUUCCCUGACAACGAAGUACAAAAGGGACGAGUGGCAAUGCAAUUGCAAAAGUUGAACGAACAACAAUCUGAACUCUCAUGGCCAAAGAACUACAACGACCUUCCAGUUAUCUCAUGGGAUGACUUCCAAGAAGAGUCCAAGAACCGUCCUUUGAUUGCCAUUUCCGGUUUCAUCCACGAUGUUUCCACUUUCAUGGAUGAACAUCCAGGUGGUCGUCAUUUGUUGGCCGGAAAGAUUGGUAAGGAUGCCACUGUUGCAUUCAACGGAGGAUUGUACAACCACUCCAACGCUGCACACAACUUGCUCAGUAUGAUGCGUGUCGGUGUCAUUGACGGUGGAUAUCAAUUGGCCGUUGAUGAUAUCAAACUACGGCAUAAGAACAGAGCAAUUGAAUGUUGA